AGGCCUUUAUAAAGAAAAAAAAAGCAAACCGGUCUAAAGAGGUCCAAACUUGAAUUUACAGGUCUGGAUCGGAACCGCAACGACAAAUUGAGGUCCAUUACCGGUCCGCAUAAAUCGGUCCAAACCGGUUCAGAUCCGAUGCGAUCCAGAUCUGGACCGGUGUUCACCCCUAACUCCGACCACAUGUAAAACUUUGUGAUUGCUGUAUAUAAACUUUACAAAAAAGUAAAAACGUUUCUUUCAAAAAAAAAAUAAAAAUAAAAAACAUAAUAAAGGGAGUACCUAAAUUUUAAUUAAACCAUCCAAAAAAAAAAAAAAAAAAAAAAAAAUUUUUGAACCAAACACUAAACGCUUAAACCCUAGUAAUAUUUUCUCCAACCAGAAGUUUGGUUUUCCUCCUGUCCAUCUUUGCUCUUCCAGAGGAGAUAACAAAUUUAAUUUUGCGGUUUUUAGUGUUUUAAUUGUUUAUCAAAUUGGAGAAGAAUAUAAAUUUGAGGUUAGAUUACAAUGGAAGAUACCUCCUUCCUAUUUGCAGGCCUUAAAUUCGACAAAAAAAAGUUUGCCAAAGAUUUCCAGAAGUUCAAGGGGUAUAAAGAAAACAAAGCUUUGGAAGUGGAUCUGGAUUUUGUCGACGAUGCUAAAAUUGAAGCAGAAGUAGGAAAAAAGUCCAUUAGGAAGAGGAGAAGAAAGGGCACUACUGAAGGAUCAGUGGAGGGAUUUAGUGUCUUUAAUAAGAGUGCCAGUGCAGUUAAUGAAACUGAACUAAAUGACGAGGAAGAGGAGAAGCCUUCUGAAAAGAAGGAAUUUUUCCGGCAGCUUCAGCGUGAUGCACUUCUGCGGAAAGAUCAUAAAAUUCAUAUUUCUGGGAGUAAUGUCCCAUCUCCUCUCCAAAGCUUUCAGGAGCUUAGUACUAGAUACGGAUGCAAACCCUAUUUGCUACGAAAUUUAGCGGAACUCGGAUACAAGGAGCCAACCCCAAUUCAAAGGCAGGCUAUUCCAGUCCUUCUAUCUGGACGUGAAUGUUUUGCUUGUGCUCCCACUGGCUCUGGAAAAACUUUGGCAUUCAUUUGUCCUAUAUUAAUGAAACUUAAGCAUGGGUUAAAAGAUCGUGUUCGUGCUGUUGUUCUUUGCCCUACUCGUGAACUAGCAGCUCAGACGGCUAGAGAAAGCAAGAAACUUGCUCAAGGAAAGAACUUUUAUAUAAACUUAAUGACUAAAGAGCUUUCCAGAAGUGCUGAUUUCUCAAAAGUGCCUUGUGAUAUACUUAUAUCAACGCCACUUCGCUUAGAAUUUGCAAUUCGCAAAAGGAAGCUUGAUUUAAGCAGGGUUGAGUUCCUUGUUCUUGAUGAAUCUGAUCAGCUGUUUGAGCUUGGUUUUAUGAAGCAGAUUGAUUUUGUUGUUAAAGCCUGCUCAAAUCCCUCAGUGAUUAGAAUGCUGUUUAGUGCGACUUUACCUGACACUGUUGAAGACCUUGCACGGACAUUGAUGCAUGAUGCUGUGCGGAUAAUUGUUGGCAGGAAGAACACAGCUUCUCCAUCAGUAAAGCAAAAGUUAGUUUUUGCUGGAAGUGAAGAAGGGAAAUUUCUUGCUUUGCGUCAAAUUUUUGCCGAGAGUCUAAAUCCACCAGUCUUAAUCUUUGUGCAUAGUAUGGAACGUGCUAAAGAGCUUUGUAGAGAACUGGCGUGUACUGAUAUCAAAGUGGAUGCUAUCCAUAGUGAUUUGCAAGAAGCACAGCGGGAGAAUGCUGUUGAUAAUUUCAGGGCUGGUAAAACUUGGGUUUUGAUUGCCACUGACGUCGUUGCUCGUGGUAUGGAUUUCAAAGGUCUCAACUGCGUGAUUAAUUAUGAUUUUCCAGAGUCAGCUGCUGCUUACAUCCAUAGAAUUGGUCGAGCUGGUAGAGCUGGGAGAGAAGGAGAAGCCAUUACCUUUUAUACAGAAGUAGAUGUACCAUAUUUGCGCAAUUUAGCGAAUAUUAUGUUAGAGUCUGGGAGUGAGGUACCAUCUUGGGUUAUGUCCAAACCCAAAGCCAAAUGGAAGAAGCAUCGCCCGGUUAGAAAUUCUAUAUUUUGUGGUCCUGCUGAUGGGAAAUAGUGGAUGGUAAUUUAGCAAAAGAUGUAGGAAGUCUUCAUGUAAUUUUAAUUUUUUGUUUCUGUUUUCUCCUGAGUCCUACACUCCAAUUUUGUCGAGAAUGCUAACAUGUAUUCUGUUUCCUAUCUCUUUUAGGAAAUUUUAGGAAAUAUUAGAAGGUUUGUUUCGCUAUAUUUGUAACUUUGUAAGAUUUUCGUAGUUCAAAUUAGAUUGCGUGACUAUGGUUUUUAGUUGCUCUAUGACUAUAUGUUCCAACAUGUUUUAUUUUGUUA